GAAAGGGCAGUCCUAUGUUACGUUACUUAGUACCAUUAAAUUUGCGCAUUUAAUUAGGGACCAAAAUAUUUUCGAAUUGCUUCGUGGGGGAGGACCGAGAAACGACUCUAAUUGAAUGAUUCCAGUUCUGUUUCAUUCAUCAUUGCUAUUUAUGAUAGGACUUACAUGAAACAAGUAUUGCGUGUAUAUUACUUUUAUUACGCAUUAGUUAUUGUUUGUUUACGUUGUGUAUCGUCAAAGAAAAUACGGUUGUCAUAAUAAAGAAAUGAUAACUCCUUCUGACUUGAUGAAGCGCGUGGGCGAGAGCGGAAAGCUGGUGCCGUUCUUCAAGGCUGUGGGUGUAUAUUUCACCGUGGGCUGCGGAGCACCGUCGGCGUCCGCGGCGGCGCUGAAAUGCGCGCCCGUGGUGUGUCUGCUGGCGUGCGUGGCGACGACGCGGCGCGGGGCGCACGGGAAACGGGUAGCGGCCGGGCUGGCCCUGUCGGCGGCCGGCGACGCGCUGCUCGUGUGGCCGCAUCUGUUCGUGGCCGGUAUGGCGGCGUUCGCGGCCGCCCACCUCGCCUACAUAUCCGCCUUCGGGAUGCGCCCGCUGCGCGCCCGCGGCGCUCUGUUGGCCUACGCCGCCACGGCGAUAUACCUGCGUGCGCUGGCACCGCCGCCGCCUCUGCGCACUCUCGUCCCGGCCUACGCGGCGCUCCUGGCCACGAUGGCGUGGCGCGGCGCGGCCAAUCCGGGCCCGCAGCGCUACGGUGCAUUGCUGUUUCUCCUGUCCGACGCCAUCCUCGGAUACGGUCUGUUCGGCGGGUCGGUGCCCUACGAGAAGGUCCGUCAAUUCCGUACCUCUGCGUCGACGCUUCGCAGUCCUGUUGCUGACGAGAGCCCUUCCGCAGGUGCUGGUGAUGACGAGCUACUACUCGGGGCAACUGGGCAUCGCGUUGAGCGCUCUGCGGCGGCCUCCCGGCGCACGGCACUAGCGAUGAAAUUGCGGGCCCUUAUGCCUGCGAUGUUAUGGAGGAGACGCAAGCGUGUAGGACUGUAGGUUCCUUUUAUUUAGGUAGAUAGUUAAACGGAGCCAAAGAUAAAGUCUUCUGUUAAUUGAUAUAUUGUUACUUUUAGACCGAUCGAGGUGUUCGGUACCGGUAGUCGGUUAGUGAAUAAGACUGAAAGCGAUAGUCUAUCUAUCGUACAAUAUAUACACAGUAUUAUAUUUUGUAUAUAUCGUCACACAAAUUGUGUUUACAUUCCAUUUUAGAAAUGAUUUGGACUAAAAUCUAUUUUGUCAAUGUACUUACAUAAUGUUAUAUACUCGGAAAGGACAUAAAAAUAGAAUCAGGAAAGCGCAAAUCGUGCGCAGUAAAACAUAUCUAUUGUGACAAAGGAUAUUUUACAAGUGUAGUAGUGUCUUUGACGUGAUCUAGAGGUUGAAUUAUUUAGUACCUAAGUGUUGCAAUCUUCCAUAUUUUUUAUUAGGUUUAUUAAUAAACCGUAUCCACGAA